CGGGUUUGUUGGUUGGUGAACUAGGAGAGAGUUUGUGCUGCUGAGGAGGCUGUGUGUCCCAGCUUACGUGAGGGACAGGGUGGGAUAACCCCCGUCCAGCCCCGCCGGCAUGGGGGGUAGCGAGAGCAGCUACGAGAACAGGAAGGUCUCGUUCGGGCUGGAUGAGCAGGAGCGAGUGCGGGUGCUGCAGGGCAUUAGGCUCUCUGAAGAUGUAGUGAACCGAAUGAAGGAAACUUCUCAACUUAAAGGGGACCAGAGACCAUCUUCCUUUCCUUCUCCCUCAUCCUAUGGCACUGCAUCAUCACCACAAGCUGCAAAAGGGAAGCCCAAGUGUACUACAGGAAUCCAUCCACCAAGUACCAGUAGCUCUGGUCAGAAGCCCUCUGAGGCGGAGGAGGACCUGUACAAAAGGUAUGAGCGAGAGCAGGCACUGGUCCAAGAGGAACUGCUCCGGCUGGCCAAGAGGGAACGGGAGGCAGGCAGCGAGUGUCUCAAUACAACUCUGCAACGGGAAAAGAACAGCACCAAUGAAGAGAGGCAGAAAGCAACUCGGAUGCCUGCAGAUUUGGAUGCCUGGGCACGGGAACUACAGUGCAAGGAGGCGGAGCUGAAACGGCGAGACGCCUUCUGUAAGGAGCAGUUGGCCCGUAUUGAGAGGAAGAAUGCUGAAAUCUACAAGCUGACAUCAGAGCAAUUCCAUGAGGCAGCCACUGGUGCAGAGAACCACAUAAAACAAAGACCUGAUUUAGCUUACUCAGUGGGAGGGGGAGAGGAGGAUCUGAAAUCCUGGAUUUCAUGUGUACACAGCCUUCCUUCCCAUUGGACAGCAGAGAAGCAAAGGCGGAGGAACACUGAGCCUAUAUGCGGAGGGCUGCAGUCUGAGAUUCUGAAGUGCUACCAAGAAAACAAGCAUGAAGUACUCAAGUGCUCAGAGCUGGCCAAGGAGUAUCAGCGCUGUGUUAGUUCAGCACAGAAGGGCUCUCGUCAGUGUUCGGCAGCUGUUGUCUCAGCCAGGGCAAUUGUCAGCCCUAAGGAGAAGCAGGGUUUCUGCUGCGUGAAUCCCCCUUGGAUUUCUGAUCAUGCUGCACAGCAGUUUACAGCUGGGGAAGUGACUUCUCAACGCCAUGCAGUGAGUCAGUGCUUGAAACUGAACCCAGCUCUUCUGCAUCUCACUGCAGUUUCUUAACCUCGAGACGAUCCUUCUGGUAGCUGCUCCCUUGGACCUGGGCCCCUCCACCCCUGUCAGUCUGUAUGCAGGGAGGCUGAGCUGCUGAUAUCACCCGCUUGCCUGCCUGCCUCCCCCUUCUCAAAGGGAACUUGGGCCAGCAGAAGACUCUGUGACACAACCUGCGUCUGAGCCCAACUCUGAGCCAGGAGGGAGACAGAUGGCACCUUGUACUGCCGCCAACAUUUCUAGGAAAGGCUCUUCAAGGAAACUGACAACACCAAAGAGAAGAAGCUGCCCUGCCACGUGGGAGACUUCCCAUGCUGGCUCGAGCAAGGAAUGCCAUGGAGACCAGUCCAGGGCCCAAGGAUGGGCACUUUCUCCUACCAUGCAGGAGCUCUGAGUUCAGAUCCUGAACUGGCAGGGGCUGUGUGAUGCAGCAUGGCCCACAUACAGCCCGCUAUGCGAUAGCUGGGUUUGGAACCAAAGCCAGGAGGAGAUGGGAGUGCUUUGGAACUGGCUCCGGACCCAAGGAGUCGUGUUCCUGUUGCAGAGCGAGCCGAAAAGUUUCCAGUGACACUUUUUUUUUUUUUUUUUUUUUGAAUAAUGGUUUUUUCAUCCAAAAAGGAAACUUUGCUGGGGGAUUUUAAAUUGGGUUGAAAUUUUCCACUUUUUAAAGUUAGAACUGAAAAUUUUCAGUAAAGACUUUGGGUUUUGGUAAAAGCCUUCAGUUUUUGAAAACCAAUCUUUUUUUAAUUUAUUUGUGACUGAAAACUGAAAAUUGUUGCGGAAAAUGUUUUUCAAAACCAAAAGAAACAGGAAAA